AGUUGAAGCUCAAACACGAAGCGGUCAUGUUGUCCGCGCCACACAGUCACAUGUUUUAAUUAUUAUUUAUGGACACCUGUAUAGUUUUAUGCCCGCCGUUUAGUGUACGCUCAUUCCAUACGGUCAUUGUGUUGUGUUUCGACAGUUUUAUGUUGAGUGUUAUUUGAAUUUGUGCAUCCCUAGUGCUUUCUUAUUAGUUGUUGUUACUUUUGUGACUCAGGUGUUUGAGGAUAUUAAACCGUUGAAGGACAUGAUAACAGGAGAUAUCCUGAGACGGACAAUAAAUUUAUUUGAAGCGUGAGGAAGAGAAUGAAAAAAUUACAUCAUAGGACGUUCUGUUGGCAAGCAUGUGAUGCGCCGAGAUGCCCACUCUGUUUGCGGCGCCUGAAGUAAAUUCUGGCGGCCCAUCCGAGCGGCAACAAAACCCGACUGAAAACGCCGCCAUGAGCCCAGAGCAGGAAGCUAGUCCACCACCAGCUGCUCCCGGAGCUUCGCCACCACCUCAACCAUCGACAAGACUGCCCUCUCCUGCCAUGUCUCACACCAUAGACGCAACCACCAACAACUCUGACGUCGAACAGUUCGCCGGCAAGAUCGUCUACAACCCUGACGGUUCUGCCUACAUCAUCGAGGACUCCGAAAGCGACAGCGAGGCUCAAGUGAACGUGCCAGACGUAGUGCCGCCUCUUCAAGCUGUGUACGUUUCGCGCCUACUCAGACAGACUACUCGAACCUCAGACCUACCGGCCGUCCACAGCUAUCGAGUGGUCUCUCUAAGGGACGCCAAGCCUCCCCGACCGGCCUCGGUGCCUAUCAAGCCCAUUCUAAUGUGUUUCAUGUGCAAAUUAUCCUUCGGGUUCGCCCGAUCGUUCGCGAACCACGCGCAGUCCGAACACGGCGUGACCUUGAAAGAGAACGAACGCGAGGUCUUGGCCGCCGACUGCUCGGCCAUACUGCAAUGCGUAGGAGCCGACAAACGUCCCAUGGUCUCGCUGUUGGAGCCUCUAGGACCUGCCCCCUCUCAAGACAAUCACGGAUCUCAGAUGAUGGUACCUUACAGUCAACAGGAAGGCCAUCAUUCACCCAUAACAGAUACUCCUCCCGGUUCUUCAUCGAGAACCACCCCAGGCAAAUCGCCUUCACCUCCGUUCGCAGCACCUCCAGCCUUCAUGACUGGAACCACGAUUGGGGUAUGUCCCGAGCAUCUACAGGGUAGGCCGUCAGGCGUAGAAUGUGCGCGUUGCGAGAUGAUACUCGCUUCCGGCAGACUGGGCCCUGCUGGUCUUGCCAAUGUUCAUAGUCGCAACUCGUGUAAGACUCUCAAGUGUCCGAAGUGCAACUGGCAUUACAAGUAUCAGGAAACGUUGGAGAUACACAUGAAAGAGAAACAUCCCGAAGCGGAAACAAGCUGUAUAUACUGUAUAGCGGGGCAACCUCACCCGCGAUUAGCAAGAGGUGAGACCUACACGUGUGGCUAUAAACCAUAUCGUUGUGAAGUGUGCAAUUAUUCUACGACAACCAAAGGCAAUCUAAGUAUCCAUAUGCAAUCUGACAAGCAUCUCAACAACAUGCAAGAACUACAAAACGGAGGCGCGCCAAAUGUUGAAUCCAGGCAGUCUUCGCCUAAAGCGCCUCCUCUACACCAUUCUCCUGUAAGUAGCGGCCAUAAACCAAAACCAAGUUUCCGAUGUGACGUCUGCAACUACGAGACAAACGUCGCCAGGAACUUAAGAAUACACAUGACUUCUGAAAAACAUACGCACAACAUGCUAGUACUCCAACAAAACGUCAAACAUAUGCAGACUCUAUCUGCGUUACAUCACCAACCACACGCAAGUCAACAACACAUGGAAAGCCUGUACGGAAUGUACCCAGGGCUAGGCGAUAAACCAGAAGCUGCUCUUGCAGACAUGGCUUACAACCAAGCCUUGCUCAUACAAAUGAUGACUGGUGGUCAAAUACCUGGCCACGCCGGUCCUGCAGACCUAGGUCAACAUGGCGACCUUGGCUUAAAUCCAGAAACUAUGGAACCGCCUCCAGAACCGGCGGAUCCUGAUCCAGACAAGAUUUACCAAUGCUGCGUCUGCAACGUGUUCAACACAGAUAAUCUGGAAGAACUCGGCAGACAUUUAGCGCAAGACAGAACCCGACUGAGAGAACAAGAAAUCCUGGCCGUUGUUGCCGGACAUUACGUUUGUAAAUUGUGUACCUAUAAGACGAACCUCAAGGCUAACUUCCAACUCCAUUGCAAGACUGACAAACAUCUCCAAAGGCUGCAGCAUGUUAACCAUGUGAAAGAAGGAGGGCCACGGAACGAAUGGAAACUGAAAUACGCAUCAGCACCUGGCGGGGUGCAGAUACGCUGCAACGCUUGCGAUUAUUACACCAAUUCAGCGCACAAACUCCAACUGCACGCUGCUGCAGGAAGGCAUGACGCAGGAGUGGCCCUACUGAAGCAUAUUUGCGAGAGGUGCUCAUCUCUCAGACCUGAUCAAUCUCGAGUUUAUCACUGCUCACUGUGUGGGUUCUCGGCUUCCAAUAGACUACCUCUACUGCAGCACGUCCGAUCUCUGAAACAUCUUCAUAUGGAGCAGCUACAUCAGCUCCAGAGGCGUGCGGAGGGCAAGGAGAAUUCUCCUGAGAUUGGCGAGGUGUUCCACGUGGUCCCUGGACCUUUGGAGCCGCACCAACAUCAAAGUACACCUGAACGCAGAGACAGCAUGAACUCGGAGAUCAGCCAAUCCGACUCAACUAAAGACCAUACCACAAGAAACGAAACGCGAGAAGAAUCCGAAGAAACAAACAACACAGAGGGCAACGUAACCCAACACUGUUGCUCAUUCUGCGACUACACGAGCGACUCCGAGAUGCGAAUCCAGGCUCACAUCUUAGCCCAGCACAGCACCAACACCACAUCACCCACGCAGAUGUACCAAUGUCCCCUAUGCGAGGACGCCUUCAAAGAACGCUCAGGUCUCGAACGCCACGUCAUGCAAGUGCACUCGGUCAACAGCGAGGGCCUCCAAAGACUCCUGAUGCUCGUCGAUCAAAGCCACUGGCUGAACUCGCGUACGCCCACUCCAAACAACAACGCUGCGAACUCGACCGUAUCGCCGAACUCGUGUAAACUCGAGAAGAGCGACGAGGCCGAGAGCGAACUCAUGUCACCGACGAGCGACGAUAACUCCGAACACGAGUCCGAACGUUGCGGCACGUGCUUCAAAUCGUUCAAGAACAUCGACGAGCUCUGCUAUCAUCAAAACGAGACCGGGCAUCUUGAGAUCAAACAGACUCCCAGCGGUCCCGGUUACGUUUGUUGGAAAAAAGGUUGCAAUCAAUUUUUUCCAACCGCGCAGACUUUGCAAAUGCACUUCAAGGACUCUCACGCGAAAAACUCGGUUUCCAACAUUUCGGUGUCCGAGAAACACGUGUAUAAGUACAGGUGUAACCAGUGUUCGUUGGCGUUCAAGACUUUGGAAAAAUUGCAGUUGCACUCGCAGUAUCACCUGAUUAGAGACGCAACCAAGUGCGUGUUAUGCGGUCGCAACUUCAGAUCGUUGCUCGCGCUACACAAACACGUCGAAAACGUACAUUCCGAGCUCACAGACGAGGAGUUGAACAUCUACAAACAGAGUUUGAUGAACAAUCCUUUACUAUUAGCCGGUAUACAAGGACAAGUACUGGACAGUUCCACCAACGAGCUGCUUAAAAAAGAAUCCAUGCGAAGCGACGACGUCGAAAUGACGGAUUGCGAAGAAAGUAAAGAUUUAAACACUAGUCAAGAAGAUAUGAACCAACAAGACGGAGACAACUCCGACGAUAGUAUAAUUUACAAAGAUCAACAAUUCCUCGAAGACUACCUGAACAGUCAAUCGAUGGCGGAAGACAGUUACAACGACGCUAAUAGAAAAUAUAAAUGCCAUCGUUGUAAAGUGGCGUUCACUAGACAAAGCUAUUUGACAGCGCAUAAUAAAACUCUUUUACACAGAAAAGGCGAAAAGUUAAGUUACCCGAUGGAGAAGUACCUGGAUCCGAACAGACCUUUUAAAUGCGACGUGUGUAAAGAAAGUUUCACGCAAAAGAACAUCCUAUUAGUUCAUUACAAUUCAGUCAGUCAUUUGCAUAAGUUGAAACGAUCGUCUCAAGAACAACAAAAUAAUAAUAAUAAUCCUCCUGUAUCGCCGGUAACGCAAGCUCAAAAUUUAUCCAAGAGUUUGUCGCCGGACGAUGACGAUCGUAAAAAAUACCGUUGUAACAUUUGUAAAGUCGCCUACAGUCAGGGAAGUACGUUGGAUAUACACAUGAGAAGCGUACUACAUCAAACAAGAGCAGGUAAAUUGCAAGACUUGGCAAUGACCGGUCAAAUAGACUUAUCGAAACCGCUCAUAGAACAACCUGAAGCCACGCAGUCUCCGAAACAAAACAGCCCUACACCGUCGGGUGGGGAUAAGGGAUCUCCCACCCCUGUAUCACCGGCACCGAUUGCAGGUAGUCAAGGGAUGAUUGGCUGUCAGAAAUGCGGAUCUGUUUUCGCUUCGCAAGAUCAGCUGAACGUUCAUCAACAGUUGCAUUGUCUGUUCGCCACUCCGAUGUUAUACCAGGCGACGGAACCAGUGGUUCCUAAAAGCCCCGGUCCCGUGUCCGAUCAAGAUGUAGCCAUGAAAUUGGCGAUGCCGAAGAAGACUUCGCAAAUUUACAAAAACCUACUGGAAAGUUUCGGCUUCGAUCUCGUAAUGCAAUUCAAUGAAAGUUCGCAGAGAAGACAACAGCGUAUUCGUGAAGCGGGCGAAGAGAAAGGCCAGCCGACGCCGACGUCGCCGUUACCCGCCACCGGUGCCCAAGACGACCAAACGGACGUACCGAAGACGGAAGAGGAGAACAACCUUCCAGAAGUAAGUAGAUCGACGUGUCAACAUUGCAAUAAAGAGUUCUCUAGUGUGUGGGUUUUAAAGUCACACUGUGAAGAAGUACAUAAAGAUUUUGUGCCAAUCGAAUACUUAGAAAAAUAUGCUCAACAGUUCAAGAGCGACUACGAAAAGAAAUCCGUGGUGGUGACGGCGGCGACGUCUUCGACGCUCAACUGCGACCCCAGGGUGACCACCCCUACAACCUCCAGUCCCGUUUCUGAAGUUAAGGUGGAAAAAGAUGAAGAGAUCAAGGACCAGCCCAAAAACGAGCUGCAGACGCCGCCAGAGGCGACGUCUACGGCGCCCUCGACGCCGACGUCUUCCACAACGCCGGUCAGCAGCUCCGAUUCUUCGGCGCUGCCGGCCAACAUACAGGCGAUGAUCGCGCAAAGCAUGGCUCAAAAUCCCAUGGCUUUGGCGCAGCAAAUGUCUGACAUGCAGGCUGCCUUCAAUGUUAUGCAAUUGCAACAACAAUUCAAUUUUAAUCCGAUGAUGCAGAUGAUGGGGAUGGGGUUACCUUUGGGGUUGAACGCUUUGGCCGCCAUGAAUCUGCAACCGCCUCUUGUUCCUCUGAUGAUGCCGCCGCCGCCGUAUGAUGCCAUGGCUCAGUUUGGGCCUCAAGAUCAGCUCAUGAAUAAGCAAGCUAUGAUGCAACAGCAAGUGGCCGUGAAUGCCGCUGCUAACCAGAAACGUGCAAGAACACGCAUAACAGACGAACAGUUGAAAAUUUUGCGGGCACACUUCGACAUUAAUAAUUCACCUUCCGAAGAACAGAUUCACGAUAUGGCAACACAGAGCGGUCUCCCACCAAAAGUGAUCAAACACUGGUUCCGGAACACGUUAUUCAAAGAGAGACAGAGGAAUAAAGACAGUCCUUACAAUUUCAACAAUCCUCCUUCAACCACUCUGAACUUGGAAGAAUACGAAAAAACUGGAGAGGCCAAAGUGAUGCCUGUGAAUAACUCCGGUAGUCUUUCCGAAGAGUCUUCGAAACCAUCGGAAACUUCAUCUCCGACUCAACAAGAAAUCAAAACCGAAAUCAAAGAGGAAUCAACAGAAGAGCAUAACAAAUCGAUGGACGAAAGGUUAGGCGACAGUGGCGACAACAAACAUGGCAUUUUUGGUAUCCAAUCAUCACCAGCUACUUCGAUAGCAAGCUCUGAAAAUAUGAAUGCGAUAGUUUCAGCACCAACAACUCCUUGCAGCAUGAAUUUAUCGUCCAUAAUCGCCUCGCAGUUUGGUGAAAGUAUGACUACAAGUACACCCACUCUUAGUCAACUAUCGUCUGUGGCAAGUCAUCAUGGUCUGACGAGUCCUAUGCUGCCCCCGAAAAUGAACCAACAGAACUUCCCUAACCCCAACAGCUUGCAAUCUAUGCUGCCAAUGACUCCCAAUAGAUGUAUGAGUCCCAAUAGAGACUACAACAGCCAAGGAUCAAACUCAGCUUCGUGUAGUAGCUCAGGAAAAAGAGCUAACAGAACAAGAUUCACCGAUUAUCAGAUAAAAGUACUACAGGAAUUCUUCGAGAAUAACGCAUACCCAAAGGAUGAUGACUUAGAAUAUCUUUCAAAACUAUUGAAUUUGAGUCCAAGAGUUAUUGUUGUUUGGUUCCAAAACGCACGUCAGAAAGCAAGGAAAGUCUACGAGAACCAACCGGCCGUUGAAGCUUCCCCUGGUUUACCAGACGAAGCAGGAACAAACAGAUUCCAAAGAACUCCUGGAUUAAAUUAUCAAUGCAAAAAAUGCUUGUUAGUUUUUCAACGAUAUUACGAAUUAAUAAGACAUCAGAAGACCCACUGUUUCAAAGAAGAAGACGCUAAAAGAUCAGCGCAAGCACAGGCGGCAGCAGCACAAAUUGCAGCAGUUCUCAGUUCCGAAGACUCCAAUUCGAGUACGACAGUUAGCGAGCAGCAUCAGCAACAUCAGCAUCAAGCUGUUCCUCAAAACCAACCAACUGCAAACAACUGCCUGAGUCCAAUGCAUCCAAAUGCUCCUACGACUCCAACCUCCAACAGUGGUAACUAUCCGAUGUCUCCCAAAGCAGAAACAGCGAAAGAAGGCACGUUCCAAUGCGAUAAAUGUAACUUGGUGUUUCCCAGGUUCGAUCUUUGGCGGGAACAUCAAAUGGUGCAUAUCAUGAAUCCCAACUUAUUUCCUCAGUACUCGCCAGAUUCUCCAUUUGGAAUCUUGCAACAACACGCACAACUACAACAAUUAAACGCCAAUCUCAGUGAUUUAACAAAGGUGGCAGCUCCGCCAAGCAUGAGUCAUCCUCUAUUGAAUAUGCUGAAUAAUGUGGCUAACCAAAAAAGAAAACUUGAAGAAUUCGAAAACGAAAGUGAUACGUCAGAUCAGCCUAAAGAUAAAAGGCUUAGAACUACAAUCUUACCAGAACAACUGGAUUACCUUUAUCAGAAAUACCAAAUCGAAAGCAACCCUUCUAGAAAAAUGUUGGAGAAUAUCGCUAGGGAGGUUGGACUGAAGAAAAGAGUCGUUCAAGUAUGGUUCCAGAAUACUAGAGCGAGAGAGCGGAAGGGACAAUUCAGAGCCCAUGCUCAAGUGAUAAAUAAGAGAUGUCCCUUCUGCCCGGCCUUAUUCAAAGUCAAAUCAGCCCUCGAGUCCCAUCUGAGUACAAAACACGCAGAUCAGUGUGCACGGGGUGAAAUUAACAUUGACGCUUUGCCUGACGAAGAACUCAGUACAGAAUCUGUACCAAGCAUAAAUUCAAAUAACGCAGAAAAUAAAUUACCAAUGCUCAAUCCCAACAUGAUGCCACCGAUGUUCUCUCAAAUACCUCCACAAGACAUAGAAACGUUAAGAAAAUUAUACGACGACAAUGUGAAGAGAUACAUGGGUGAUCUUCAAUCUCACCCCUCGUCUUCAAACGGAGACAGGAGCGAAAUCAAAUCGGAAGUCAAGGAAGAAGGUGAAAUACCUUUAGAUCUGUCCAAGCCAGUAGAUUUAUCCAGACCUAUGAAAGUUAUGCUCGACCAAGAAAGAAAUUUUUGUGAGGAAGGUCCCUUGACCGAUCUCAGUGAGCGAUCUAUUUGCGGAGACGAAAGGAGUGAAACCAUGUCUGAAAACAAUGAUUUUUAUUACGAUGAGAGUAACCCUACUUCUCCGGCUAGUAGCACGCAAAGUAGCAGUCAAAGGACCCACAAUCUGUCAGGGAGGGGUGGUAACAAAAGAUAUAGAACCCAAAUGAGUCAUAUACAAGUAAAGAUAAUGAAAGCUGUGUUCAGUGUUUACAACACACCGACUAUGGCUGAAUGCGAGAUGUUGGGUAUAGAAAUUGGACUUCCUAAGAGAGUAGUGCAAGUUUGGUUCCAAAACGCAAGAGCGAAAGACAAGAAAGGCAAGCUGGUGUUGGACAAGGUCCUCGGCAACGACUCCGAAACCAACAACGGUUCCCUGCCCGAAGAUUGCAAGUUCUGCAACUUCAAAUAUACACAUAAAUAUUCCUUACAAGACCACAUAUUCUCAAAGAGCCACAUCGCUAAUAUUAAAAUGUACCUGGAAAACUCGAGCAAAGAAAACGAAUCUAAUGAUUUCAUUGCACCUCCGCCUCUUCCUAGUGGAUCUGGCUCUCUUCCUGCCGACUCUACAACGAAUCCUCAACAACAACAUCAGCAACAACAACAGGUGUUGAACAACAACACCCACCUACAGUACCUUCAAAUGGCCGGUUCGCAAGUUCCUAACUCCUCUGUCAAGGUGGAGCAAGAAGAGAACAACCAGGAGACGUUGUUCCAGCAGCUUUACGCAAUGGGCAACAACUCCAACUUUGGGGUCCAGAACCAGUACAUGCAUCAUGCGAUGUUUGGCACAAAUGGGGGAGCAGGAGGACUACUUCUAGACACCGGCUCAGGACCAUCCUUCCUCCCACUCACCGGGCCACUCCUGGAGCAAGUUGCAGCCGGCAACUCAGAGCCAGGAGUCACAACACUCAAACUCCCGGACAUGAUCCCUAAGAUAACCGAUCCCUGCGGUCGCGAAGUGGACGUAGAAAUCUGUUUCGUAUGUAAGAAGUGCAGGAUGGCCUUCGCCGGUGAAUCCCAACUCCUGAUCCACCAGCGCCAGUGCUACUCCUCAAACCAGGAGAACCGCGGAGCUUUUAGAAUAGUGCAAACGGGCCACGAGUGCAAAACGUGCAACAACGGCGAAAAGUACAAGACAGCCGUGGACUUCAAGAGGCACCUCGACGGAGAGGCCCACCUGAGGUGCAGGGGCAAGACGGGGGCGUUACCUCCGCCGGAGUCUCCGCUCAGUCACGAGAUGGAGGACGUGGUGAACCAGAUCACCCUCUUGGCGGCGAGAGCAGCCCAGGAGUCUUCGCCCGGCGUCGAUUUUGACGCCAAACGGCGCAUGUUGGCGCCCCAAGACGGUCUGACUGGCCACUGAGUUCUCCAGAUGCGGAUCCCGUUAUGUUUGUAGAUGUGUCAGUGUAGUUGUGUAAUGUGUUAGUCGAGUAGGUCCGACGAUUCCUAUUGCAACGCAUAGUUACUACUGCGCUGCGUGUGCGUAGUGCGACUUAAUGUUCCUAUCGAAUGUAGAUACUGCAUGCGGCCGUGUAUGCUCCGGCCUGUACGGGCCGGGAUUUCGGCCGAGUAAACAAGUUCCUAAACGGCCGCCGAUCGCCUACAAGUUCCUCAACGACUCCCCGAUCCGGCGGCCACUUUUUUAUUAUUAUUAUUAAUUAUUACAAACUUUAUUAUUAUUACUUAUUAUUGAGAAAAAGGUUGAUAAGGCAAAUGCUGUAUUUAUCGAAUAUAUGUAAAUGUAACUAUAUCAGCUGGUAACGCGGACACGGAAUGCUUUUUUGGUCUCAUCACCCAUUAUUCUCCACCCAGCAUACCAGCAGUCAAAUUGGUUCCUACUAAUUACUAAUAAUAAUCAAUACGGUGUUUAAGUAAUUAUAUAUAGUUAUUAUGUUUUGAACGUUGGUUCUAACGCCAGCACUGUACGUAUAUAAAGUAGUAGAUAUAUAUUUAAAAUUUUAAAUAUAUUCUAGGUUACGUAUCCAAAAUGACUCAAAUUGGGGAAUACUACGGUAUUACCUGCCUCGCAUAUAAGUGAGUUUAUUUGGAACUAAGUGUGAUUGUUGAUAGCGCGACAUGGGCCAAGAGGUCUUCCCAAGAUUUCAAUCCUCGACCUUUAUUCACCAAUAUACGCACUCCCAACCAAACCAUCAAAUCAACUCUUCAUCUAAACUAAACUCAAACGUUUUUAAACAGCCUUACAAGAUGUAUCCUAUAUCAUAUCCGACAAAAAUAUAUACGUAUAUUUUAAACUCGGAUCAAACUAAAAUUCGAAAUUUACAUUCGGAUGUAUUUUUAUAUUUGCGGAGGAAAAUUUGAUGGAAAACCCUUUCCCAACCCCACGAAAAGCCUCUUGACCUACAAGCCCUGGCGUAUUACACGAUUAUUAUUACUAUUCAUAUUAUAUUAUUAUUACUUAUUGCUAUGUAUAGAAUCAAUGUGAAUUUGUUUUUGACUACCGGACAAAUGUCCAAAAACGUGGUUCCUAAAAAAUUUCAUAUCGCAAUCAAUUGAGAUAGAAGAAACUCAUCAAAAACUCCUUUUUCCUAUUAUCUAUUUAUUUAUGAUCUCGCUUUUACUAAACCUGUUAAACUAUUGGAAAAGAUCGAAGAUAAACAUCUACUAAAAGAGCAGAGAAAAUUAUUUACCAUGAAGAUUUACCUGAUAUGUCGUGAGUUCUCGAAUUUGGUUGUGACAUUUUUUUUAAGAAUAUUCUGUGAUAAAUAUCAAUAAGCAAGCAGUCAUCUUCGAUCUAUUUCCAUUCGAGACCUUGAACAAUUUCUCUCUUACAUACUUCAUUUUCAAAGAUAUAUUGUUAACCAUUCUCUACUUUUCAUCACUAACACUUAUUUCUUAACUUGCUUUCUUUUCCCAAUUAUAUUUCAGUUUUGACUUUAUUAUUAAGAUAGUAGCGGAUGCAACUAAGGUUGUACAAUUAGUUUAUUGAACUCUCGAUGCAUCUCUUCGAAAAUGUCGCCAUAUUUUAAUAAGUUUUGUCAAUAUUUUGUAUAGAUUAUUUUUAAGAAUUUCUUUAUUUUAGAACUUGUGAUUUUAUUAGAACUAUAUUAUGGAUAUUGAUAUUUAUUUUGUGAUGUAGAUAUUUAUUUGAGUUCUUCCUUGUUGACUUCUGCGAAAAAUGUAUGUUCAAGAGAUAUUGUGAAUGAGCGCUAUAUUUAUUAUACUAGAAUUUUGUAUUAUUUUUUUCCUUUGUAUAUAAUUUAUGCUUAGUACAAACAAGUUUUGCUUAUCUACUUUGAUCUGUUCAGAUUAAUUCCGUUAUCUGUUAUUCGAUUUUUCUCGGAUUGUUUUCAACAUAAUUUUCCAAUUGUUUAUUAGUAUUUUGUUGAAUUUCAGAUGAUGAUGAAUACUAAUAAUAAUAAUUACUAGGUAAAUGUUUGUAUCCUACGGCUUAUGCCGCUCUCAAUUUGUGAGUGUAUAUGAAAGUCAAAUAAACU